GCGCGGUGCAGUACGCAGGCGCGAGCGUUUGGGUCCGGACGCGCGCGGCUCUCGGUUGAAGCGGGAGUGAGUUCCUGGGCGCGAGACCCGGCAGUGGGCGGCUGACUGCAGGGUGGCCCGCGUGUCCUCUGCCGCCAUGGCAGCCCUGCGCUAUGCGGGCCUGGACGACACGGACAGCGAGGACGAGCUGCCCCUGGGCUGGGAGCAGAGAACCACCAAGGACGGCUGGGUUUACUACGCCAAUCACACUGAGGAGAAGACUCAAUGGGAACAUCCGAAAACUGGAAAAAGAAAACGAAUAGCAGGAGAUUUGCCAUAUGGAUGGGAACAAGAAACCGAUGAGAAUGGACAAGUGUAUUUUGUUGACCAUAUAAAUAAAAGAACUACCUAUUUGGACCCAAGAUUGGCAUUUACUGUGGAUGAUAAUCCUACAAAGCCAACCAACAGACAGAGAUACGAUGGUAGCACCACAGCCAUGGAAAUACUCCAGGGCCGGGAUUUCACUGGCAAAGUGGUGGUGGUUACUGGAGCUAAUUCAGGAAUAGGUUUUGAAACCGCCAAGUCUUUUGCCCUCCACGGUGCCCAUGUGAUCCUGGCCUGUAGGAACAUGACCAGAGCCAGUGAGGCCGUGUCACGCAUUUUGGGAGAAUGGCACAAAGCCAAGGUGGAAGCGAUGACCCUGGACCUCGCCGUGCUCCGGAGCGUGCAGCAUUUCGCUCAAGUGUUCAAGGCCAAGAAUGUAUCUCUGCAUGUGCUCGUGUGCAACGCAGCGGCGUUUGCUCUGCCCUGGAGCCUCACGAAGGACGGCCUGGAGACCACCUUCCAGGUGAACCACCUGGGGCACUUCUACCUGGUGCAGCUCCUGCAGGACGUCUUGUGCCGCUCAGCCCCGGCCCGAGUCGUUGUGGUCUCCUCGGAGUCCCAUAGAUUUACAGAUAUCAAUGACUCCUCGGGAAAACUAGACUUCAGCCGCCUCUCUCCUUCGAAAAAUGACUACUGGGCCAUGCUGGCUUACAACCGGUCCAAACUCUGCAACAUCCUCUUCUCCAACGAGCUCCAUCGCCGCCUCUCCCCAAGGGGGGUCACGUCGAACGCAGUGCACCCAGGAAACAUGAUGUACUCCUCCCUGCAUCGCAACUGGUGGGUGUACACGCUGCUGUUCACCCUGGCCCGGCCCUUCACCAAGUCCAUGCAACAAGGAGCUGCCACCACCGUCUACUGUGCUGCUGCUCCCGAGCUGGAGGGCCUGGGAGGGAUGUAUUUCAACAGCUGCUGCCGCUGCUUGCCCUCCGCGGAGGCCCAGAGCGAAGAGACGGCGCGGGCGCUGUGGGCGCUCAGCGAGAGGCUGAUCCGGGAAGGGCUGGGCAGCCAGGCCAGCUAGGCCGAGCGCGGGCCCCAGCGUGCGUGCCAACGCCGGGCCCCUUCCAGCCUGUCCAGGGGCCUUUCCGUGCCCUCUGACACGGAUCCGCCAGAGUCAAGGAAGUAGGAGCAGCCACAGCAGAUGGGAAAAUGUUAGUACCAACGGGAAGCAGGGAAUUCAUUCCAGGGGUAAAGGGGCAGUCUCUCUCUUCUGGGGCUGGCUUAGGUUUGGGUCCCUUUGCUUUUCUGGUGGUGGCCUGUUUGAAAGUGACCCUCAGUUGGUACGUGGGGUCCUUGUCUUAUUGUAUUCUGUCACCGUUUAGAAUGGCCCAGUGCCCCUGUCCCACCCACCAUCUCCACCGCCACCGUGGCCACACGGCAUCUAGGAGCUUCCUCCCGGUUAGGGAAGAAAAAGUGAGUGUCUGUCCUUCGCUGUAUUGACCCAGGAGAUCAUUGUUUCAUUCAUUCUGACCAAGUCUAAGUGGGCCUGGCAACUCCCGGGAGCGAGCGCUGAACCUCGUCCCCGUCAGUGAAGAUGGAGGUGACACUGUGACGCGGAGAAACCGGUGGAAUAGAUAGAGCUACGAUCCCGAAGGUCCUGGUCCUUUGACUCCCUUGCCAAACUAGAGAAAAAUUUCCUUAGAGAGAAUUGCAAACGAAUUUUGCCAGACACCCCCUCGAUGCCUUGACAGGCAAGGAAGGAAGCCCGGUGUCCACAGGCAUUUACAGGAUGAUUUCGGGGUGUGGGUAAAAGUCGUUCUCUUCAUUAGUCACUCACAGUUUCAAGCAGCAGCCCCCUGGCGGAGGGUCAGAGCCCCUCAGUGCUCCCUUGUUAGCGUCCUGCCUAAACGUCCUGUCCCCUCUCCCAUCCUGUGCUUAAUAAAAGAG